UUGCAGUGUAAAAUCCUCCCUAAUAAAAAAAUCUUUUUAGUAUCACAAGCACGUCUUGAACACGGACGAGUUUUUCGCAAACGACCGGGAGAUCUAGUGACAUCGCGACUUAAAGAUAUAUUUCAUUUCUAUAUAUUGGGAAUUGGACUCUUUCCUGUGCUUUGUACUAUCCUUUAUACACAUAUUCGUUAUGACAUGGUGCCAGUUUUGUUUCCAGGCCCUUGUGAGUUAUCUGAAGAGUUAAAAGAUGGGCCGCCACCACAUUAUUGGCAGUAUGAAAGAACCUAUAUAAGACAGUGGUGGGCAAAACAUUUUGGUGUAUCCGAUAUAGAACAUCACGAACGUCAAUUGGCCUACAAUGUACGAGCUGCCGUCUUGGCUAAAUGGAGGCGUGUGAAUCAGCGUGUAAAGCAUUUAGAAAGUGAACUUUGGGAUUACAAAGGCUGGACAUACCAGCCCGUUUCAGCAGCAUGGGUCGAUUAUGGGAAAUGGGACGCUCAACGAAUGAAAAACCAGUACGAGUCGUAUAGGCACUGUACAUAUUAA